AUGAGCGUUGUUGCGAGUAGACCUGCGAGCGCAACUGUUUCGUACAGUGCGAUCCCUCACCAAAGCCAGAUCAUCUCAAAUUACAAGGACUCGAUGUAUGCUGUAACGGUGCAGCCGGUCUCAUCUCGCACAUCAUCAGUCUCUUCAUUCAAAAGCAACUACAGCGUUUCAACCGCUCCCACGGAAUAUUCUUCUACCCCCAUCUUUUCAGCAUCACUACCCCGCUUGUGCGACUCGGCUGCGUCUCUAGAUAAGAUCUUGGAGUCGGUCUUUAAGCGACUGCCCCAGGAGGUGUACGAUACGAUCCUUGAUCAAUUAUACUACUUACACACCGGUCCCAAUCAGAAUGGAUGCUUAACAUGCUUUCAGCGCGACCUGCAUGCGCUUUCUCUGACCUGCCGGCCGUGGGAGAAGGCAGUCAGAGCAAGGCUGUACAAUCGUAUACACAUUAUCGGAAAUGAUUCACCGAACCAGUUGAAAAAAUACAAGCUGAAACGAGGGAGUCGCCUCAAGCUACUGCGGCGGACUCUCCGGGAGAGGAAAUUGCUGGCCAAUCUGGUCCUAGAGCUUCGAGUACCCCAGUUGGACUUGUUAUUUACGACGAGUAGGCACAGCAUCCAAUGGCAGGAAUACCGGGACCUGGUUGCAUCCGUGGUCAUGGUGUGCCCGAAUCUGGAACGACUAUUAGGCCUGACCAUUCCUUACCACCACGAAUUCGAUCGUCUAACACAUGCAUUGUCGACUCGGCGAAAGCUGAAAGAGCAUACGUGGGUUCUGGGGGAGGCCUCAGCAAUCUCCGAGAAAUCGCCCAGGAGCACAUACUGUCCCUGGAGCUUAGGCCCUUCACAAAUGUUUGAAUUCCUCGACUAUCACACGCAGUGGACGUCUUUAGAAACUUUGAUGCUUUACGGACUGAACGAGAAGAACUCCCUGGAGCCUAGUAUUUUCCUUCGCAUGUGCAGCGAAUUGCCUUCAUUGAAAAAUCUAUGCAUCACCAAUUUCGACGCAGACGCCUUCGCCGACAGCACCUUGCAAUGCCUGCCACCGCUGGAGUCGCUCCGCCUGGAGAACCUGCCGGGUGUCACCGAUGCAGGCCUCUGCCAAUACGCCUCGCAACCUGAAUCCAACUCUCUCAAAUCUCUUGCCCUUAUCGAACAGAAUGUUGACUCACUCCUGGUUGUCUCAAAAUUGUUAGCAUCCCUCAGCCAACUUGAGCGCCUCACCUUCGUUCAAAGCAACAAAUGCCCAAGGCUGGAUACCGAAGGCAUCGUUUUCCAACCGCUCUUUGCAUCCUCAAGUCUCAAGUACCUGCACUGGGAUGUAUCCGGGCCUGAUUCUGGCGCUGCACUGAGCACACUCGAUUACGUCCCGUUCAUAAAACCACCCCGGCAUACGGAGUCGCCAAACUCACAUCUUGCCCAAAGCAUUCUUGCUAGCGGGUUUCCCCGUCUUGAGGCUCUGCGUGCGCCUUCAGACAUAGAGCCUCCUGGCGUUCUGCAAGCCGUAUGUCAACCUAUUCCGCGUGGACAAGCGCUGCUCAAGCCCGAUCGCUACAGCCUUCCACGUAGCUCCCAUGGUUCAGUCACGACCCGGCCGAUGGCAUUGCCUGCAGGAAAUAACCUGACCUCCGCUCGGAUUCGAGCCCAAACAUUCAUUGACAGAGCUGCCAAGGAUACGGAAACAGGGAUGAGGUUCCUCGUCACUGACCACUCAGACUCUUAUAUACCGGACAACGCUCUUGAAGACGAGUCUUCCGACGACGAAUCUGAUCUUGGGAUGGAUGAGUUCGAGAUGGGUGGCGUGGCGCGUGGACAGCAUAAUCACGAUUUCGACUCUGGCGAGCACGAGGGACCGGUUGUUGUGUACGAUUUUCAUAUGCCGGCAUAUAUGGGCAGAAUCGGUUGCAGGACCAGGGAGCAGGACGUUUCGAUCCCACGGUUUGUUCUACGACCCGAUAUAUCAGGCCAGGAUAGCGAUGGGGGCUUGGUUUCGUGGAAAAAUGUGCACGCUUCUAAUCAAUCCUUGACGUAUGCUGCCGGAAUUGGGGCAGACUAUUUCGGGGUCAAGGGACACACCAAAUCGCUUACUGAGGAGCCACCUUCUCCAACCUCGACUACCACGUCGCGAUUUGGUUGGGGAAGCAUCGGAAGCCGUUCCGCACUGGGUACAAGUCCGAACACGCCUACUACCCCGGCCACACCAAUGUCGGCAGCAGCACUUCCCUGGGAUCGAGAUGCUUGCACUGGGUCUUGGAACUACAGUCAUCGAAGUGGACGGGAAUGGUGGUUCCACAUGGAACGAGAUCGUCCAGGGAACGUCGAGAUUGUCGACGUCAAGCGGCUCUUUUAA